GGUACAUGCAUGUGUUGAGUUGAGAGGAAGUGGGCAAACGUUCAUAAAUGCAUCCGUCUCAUUCAAUGCCUACUCAGCCAGAGUGGAAGCCCUGAGGCUUGUUUCAUCCCUCCUUCCUUACACUCCCACACGAGACAGACAACCCUCCCUGUCCACCGGUCAAAUGUACCACUAGCCCCCCUCACUCACCACGAACACCCUCCCCCUCUCGAUAACGUCACGCUCGAGACCGAAUCGCUGCAGCGGACGGCGGGCAGCACCAAUCGAGUUAGGGGUCAGUGAGUGGAUGAGACGCAUCGGCAGGAGAUGGCUCGGUCGUCCACAAAUCGAUGAUACCAUCUCACGUACCAUCUCUCGCCCACAGAUGGGGAGAGGUGGUCUCGUUGGGCUGGAAGCCGUUCAGAAUCACAAAACGAUCAUACCUCGUAUCAAAGGCAGCAUUCAGAUCGCCAUGAUCGUAGCGGUAGUCGACAGCAAUGCCCUGAUCCUCUGUGAUGUCGUCGGUUGUCAGCAAACGGCCAUAGCGCGGGUCGCCACGGCCGAUAUGUGCAACGAGCACCAGCUUGCCCACCUCCUCUCCCUGCCACCGGUGGAGCACCCUCUCCAUCACGAACGCCGAGAAAGAGCGACAAAGAUAGGGGCCCUGUCGGAUGACAGGAUCGGUCCGCUUGUAGUCCUCAGCAUAGCGAUGGCCGCCCGGCAGCUCACCCAACGGCACCACACGAAAUGACUCAUCAUCGACCUGAUACUGUCCGUCGUCGGUUUGCUGCAGCUCCAAGCUGCCUUUCGUCCAUUUCCUUGUGAGCUGACAGCCAAUGGUGGCGUAUAUGGCCAUGGCGAGUGGCAGCUGGUGGAAGACCGUUGCUGUGGGCAGUGAGUCGGCCGACAGACGGAGGGGCCGGCCCGUGCUGGGGGUCAGCCGGUAGAUGAAGGCCAGUCGAACGAACCGCCCCAUCGCCCGCCACUCCUCACCGAUGCCCUGCUCCAACAGCCAGACGACCCUCAAGCUGCCCUCCACGUCACCAUCAAUGUCGAAGGCCAAGACGUCCUCCAAGCCGAGACGCCUGAUGGCCUUGUUGAUGUGCUGCUGGACGGCGUUGAGCAGGGUGCUGUUGACGGUCUCUGUAGUGUGGCCCAGCAGCUCCUGUUGCCGAGUGCGGGUGACGAUCUGUGAGCGGAGAGCGGCUCGUUUGGCAGCGUCAGUCGACAUGGCCAUGGCAGCCAUCUUGCUGAUGGGCAAUGACAGGUCAAAGAGGUCGGCGGGCUGGAAGAGGGCAGGGCUGGGGGGACGGGACGAGGGCGCUGCACCAGUGGGCUGCAUCGGUCCGAUUCGGUCGUGACUGCUGUGGAAAGGUCCCAGGGAGGCGUGAUGUGCGUGAGAAAUCUGCA